UUCAUGUGCCUGAACGUAAAUGAGCUCUUUCAUUUGACAUCAGGAUGCUAACUAGUUAGCUCGAGUUAGCCCAGAAAAAACUUCGUCGGUGUGCCAUGUGGGCCCUGACAACAUUAAACAAAUCAGACGUCCGUUCCGGUGUCGAAUGUGUUUCUGCGGUGAAAUCAAGUCUUUGAGAGUUCUUCUGUCUGCUGCCGUCCUCGAUGAGGUACCGGGGGGGUCUGAUCUGCGUCCGCGCUGGAGCCUCGUGCCGUCUGUCCCGCCUCCCCCUGCAUGGACGUGGACAUCAGCCCAGCACAGCCGCUCCGGUCCGAACCUACACUGCUCAACAACUGCCCGCCCCCCCGACACCCACUAACCCCCCCCCUCCCGAUGGGAAGGGCGCGGCCACGGUGGUGAAGGAGCGCGCCCUGCUGGCGUUACAGCAUGCAGGCGAGUUGGGGCGGCAGUGGGGUCAGAGGUCGGCCCAGGUGGCCACCGCCUCGGCCAACAACUGGUGGGGGAGGUACGAGGAGUUUGUCGGGCUCAACGAGGUCCGUGUGGCCCAGACCAAGGUCACCGAGGCCGAGGCGGCCUUCAUGGUGGCCAGAGGGAUGGUGCGUGAGGCUCACGGCAGCCUGGAGGCCCUGCAGGUCCGGCUGAAGGAGGUCAGGGACCGGCUGGACCGGGUCUCCAGGGAGGAGGCUCACUACCUGGAGCUCGCCACGCAGGAGCACAAACUGCUGCAGGAGGAGCGGCGCCUCCGUACGGCCUACGAGAACGCCGAAGGUUCCGAGAGGGAGAAGUUUGGCCUGUUUUCCGCCGGCGUCAGGGAGAGCCACGAGAAGGAGAGGACGAGGGCGGAGCGCACCAAGAACUGGUCCGUCAUCGGCUCGGUGCUGGGCGCCCUCAUCGGGGUCAUGGGGUCCACGUACAUCAACCGCGUCCGCCUGCAGGAGCUGAAGAGUCUCCUGCUGGAGGCCCAGAAGGGUCCUGAGAGCCUGCAGGAAGCCCUGAGAGUCCAAGCCGGAAACCACCGCUCCCAGCAGGCCGAGCUCCGGGCCAUCAUCGACCGCCUCGGGGGCGCCCUGGGCAACGCCCUCGCUCAGCGGGACGUCCACCCUGGAGAGAAGAGUGCCCUCACGCCAACGUCGGCGCCCGCGGUGCCCCUCUCGGCCCUGAGAGACCUCCAGGCCGGCAGCCGGAAGGCGGAGUCCAUCCUGGAGGCCCUCCGGCCGCAGGUGGGGCAGCUGGAGCAGGGCCUCGGGCGCGUCGAGGGCGAGUUGACGUCGGUGAGGAGGCUGUUGGAGACCAGAGCGCACGCCGCUCAGCACGCCGCUCAGCACGCCGCUCAGCCACAGGUAGCAGCCCCCGUGAGGCCACAACCCCCGGAGCGAGAGGACCGGUGGGAGGCGGAGGCGGCGGUGAGGCGUCUAGAAGACACCCAGACGACGCUGGGAGAGCGAAUCAGGACAAACAAUCUUUACAACGCCGUGUUCACCUACACCGCCACCGCCAUCACCAUCUCUGCCGUCUACCUGCUGACCAAAGGAACCGGUUAGACUGGAUGCCGGCGUGCCUCCUCAUGGGAGUGAUGAUCUAAGUGAUUCGCGUCAGAAUUGACUUGACAGGAAGUAACGUAGUUUCUAUAAUAAACGUACCGGAGUUCAUCUCCUGCUGCUGCUGUUCGACUCUUUGAUAUUUUUAAUUCUGUGACCUGCAGAUAAAAGUGAACUGAAAUGAAUUGUUUGCCAUCACGUCGAUUAGCGUGCGUCAUUUUAAUCAGGACUUUCCCAAAUAAAGCACAUCUUGUAAAAGAUGAUAAAAUCA